GGAGGCUGCGCGCCGACUUCCCUUGCAUGCGGCUAUCGUGACCCCUCGCCGUGCGGUACCUCUGUGCUUUCUGGUUGCCAUGCCCUUGCGUACGAUUUGUUCCUCUGGCCGAAGGGCGCUUCAGGAUGCUGCUGACAAGCAAGACACGACGCGGUGGAAGAGCAGGGGUAGCCUGGCUCAAGCUUUGGGCUUGAGCUGCCGUGCGUCGGGUUCCCGACCAUGGCCGAGGUGGUCGCAGAGCCAGCGCAAGUGCUGCUCUUCGGCGUGGGCAAGGCAUGGCGGCAGACGAGGGGGCCUGGCAGUGCGCUGCCUGCACGCUGAUCAACGAGGCCUCGCGGCGGCGCUGCUCAGCGUGCGAGGGGCCGCCACCCUGGGCGUGCAGGGAGGAGAACUCCUCGGGCGUGAGAGUGGUGCUGUCGCCCAACUCCGCCGAGGGCCAGGGUGCCGAGGCCACGGUCACCGCCCAGCCUGGCAGCUCCGCCACAGGCUCGCCGCAAUGCGCGCCGAAGCGGCCGAGGGCGGAGGCCGCGGAGGAGGAGUGCUGGGCCUGCUCGGCGUGCACGCUGGUGAAUGAGCCGGGCGCGCAGCAGUGCGCUGCCUGUGGCGGGCGCCGGUGGGUGCUGCCCAGCAGCCGCGCCGCCCCCCGCAGCGUCCCGGCGGCUUCGGCGGCCCUGCGCGCCGCUCGGCGCCGCGCCGCCGCGGCUCCAGCCGUCGAGUCGCACGAGGUGCCGGUCGGCGAGUGGGCGGCGCUGCCUCCGGCGCCCGAGGACGGGCCUGCGCAGGCCUCCGCCCACGACCGAGACCUGGACAUCUUCUCCGAGGCCGCGGGCGCCCCCGAGCCCCCAGACGCCUCCGGGCCGCUGGGCGCCGCCGCCGCGGGGGGCGCGGGCGGAGCCGACCGCGGCGGGGCCGAGCUCCGGCCGGCGUGGGGCACCGGCGGGCAGCCGCUGUUCGCGGGCUUCUCCGCGGCGUGGGGCGGCGCGGACGCGCCGGCCCUGGACAGGGACUCGCCCUUUGACGACGCGGUGGGGCGGCUUGCCGUGCUGGGCUUCGACCCCACGAAGUGCCACCUGGCCCUGCAGGCGGCCAACGGGAACGAGGAGCUGGCGCGCGACUUCCUCGUCCAGAACACGUAGCACGCGCGCGGGUCUGUCUUUGUGGGUGUGCGAACGUGCGCGCCCGGUCCAGGGCUCACGUGUCAGGGCAAUCGAGCACCGC